AUGCAGCAAGAAAGCUUUAGCGCACUCAAAAAUGAUGUCAAUUCCAGAGCUCAGCAGACUAUUAACGGUCUCUUAGGCAAUAAAGAAUACAACCAAGAAGAAGUGCCGCAGUGGACUGCUCAUCUUUCUGAGGAGAUUGUAAAAUCUUUGAAAGAGCUCAGCAGCAAUUUCAAGUAUUGUGUUUCGUGUGUCAUUCUUCAAAAAGGAGACGCUGGAAUGCACAUGAGUUCCACCUGCUUUUGGGAUAGCAAUCUUGAUGGAAGCGUAGCAAUCAAAUGGGAAAAUAACUCAAUGCAUUGCAUUGUCAAUAUUUAUGGCAUUGCAUUCUAA